AUGCAUUCGCUGUUCUCAGAACUUAAAGAGCCCGUGGCCCCCGCAACCGGCAUCCCGGACAGCUCCACCAUGGUGGGCCGCGUCUUCAGGAUUGCCAUCCCGGCCCACCUGCGCCCAUCCGGGAGGGAGGAAGUGAAGAUCUCGGAGACCGGGAAGGAGACUUUGCCGUUGUGGUUACACCGGGACGGUGACGUGUUGGAGGGACUUCCCCUGGAGGGUGAUAAAGGGAUGUAUGAAAUUUCUGUGACAACGUUUUUGGUGGCAGAAAAUGGAAGUGCCGUACUGCAGGCUACAGACGUCUUCUCCAUUGAGGUCCAUCCUGAGGACCAUAGCGAGCCUCAGUCUGUUCGGGUGACGGGCCAAGAGACCAAUGACAUCGCACCUUUCCUGUGUGGCCCCGAAGAGCCCAUCACUAUUCUCACCGUCAUUCUGGACGCGGACCUGACAAAAAUGACCCCCAAGGACAGAGUGGAUGUCCUGAAGAGGAUGCGGGACUUCUCUGAGGUAGAACUGUACCAGAUGAAGUUGGUCCCUGUUGUAAAUAACAGACUCUUUGACAUGUCGGCUUUCAUGGCCGGGCCCGGCAACGCCAAGAAAGUGGUUGAGAAUGGAGCUUUGCUGUCGUGGAAAGUCGGCUGUUCUAUGGAUCAGAACAGCGUUCCAAACAUCAGUUCUGUGGAGGUUCCAGCUAAAGAAGGCACAAUGUCUGCCCAACUUGGCUACCCAGUUGUCGGGUGGCACAUUGCCAACAAGAAGCUGCACACUCCUAAGCGGCUAAGACGACAGAUUUAUACUACCCCAACCCCCGUUACCGCCAUCGGACCACCGACAAGUGCCGUCCACGAGCCUCCCGUCAGAAUCGUUCCAACUCCCACUUCACCUGCCAUUGCCCCUCCUACAGAUACAACCGCUCCCCCGGUCCGGGAGCCCAUUCCGCUCCCCGGAAAGCCCACCAUCACAAUAAGAACCAGGGGCCCCAUUAUGCACACUCCAACACUUGGCCCCAUCCACCCAACCAAGUUGGAAACAACCAGUGUGUUCCCGGGGCCUAUCCGCCCAACGAUGACAAGGCCUUCAUACAUAGAACCAACAGCCGCGGUCACACCUCCUUCUGCCACCACCAAGAAACCACGGGUGACCACCCUGAAACCGGCUACAGAUUCUACGACUACCACGACCAAGAAGCCAACCAAAAAACCAAGGCCUCCUAAAACCACCAAAACACCAACGACGAAGGUCGAGACCACUUCCCCAAGCCGCCCCCGCAGCUCUACCAGCGGCAUGCCGCGGCCCUUCAACACCGAACCCGAACUCAAAAACCACAUUGAUAAAGUUGUUGCGUGGGUGGGAACCUAUUUCGAAGUGAAGAUUCCACCGGACACGUUCUACGAUAAGGAAGAUGGCACCACCGAUAAUUUAAGGCUGACGCUGGAGCCCAGAAAGAAUGCCAGCCUACGAGACAAGACAUGGGUGAUCCUCAACAGUGCCAGCCAAGUCAUGUACGGCAUGCCUGACGCCAUCCACGUAGGUGACCACGAGUACUACCUGAAGGCCACAGACAAAGGCGGUCUCACUGCAGUGGACGCUCUAGAGAUCCAAGUCCGGAGUUUGUUCAGUAGAGAGCCCUCGCCGGUGAAGUUCAGCGGCAAGUUCCAGGGAGACUACAACUCCGUGGUCAACGAUAUCAAUAAGAAGAUCCAGCUGGUGAAGAAGCUCGGCUUGGCCUUUGGUGACCGGAACAGCAGCUCGGUCACCGUGCAGAAAAUCAGCAAAGGUUCCAUCGUGGUGGACUGGACCAAUAACACCAUCCCGGUGGAGCCGUGUCCCAAGGAGCAGAUCGAGGUCAUAGCCAGGAAGAUUUACGAUGAGAACGGCAAAGUCCGGCCGCAUUUCACCGCCGCCCUGGAGCCCGAGUUCAAGCUUGAGAAAAUCGACGUGUCCCUCGCCGGCAGCUGCCGAAACUCCCACAGCCAUUUCUCCAUCCCCCUGACCCCCGAGGAGCGCGUGGUCACCAUCGUGGCCCCCACCGUCGCUGCCGACAGAAACCCAGAGAAGAGCAGCGAGGACGAUGUGUAUCUCCACACCGUGAUCCCAGCGGUGGUGGUGGCCGCCAUCUUGCUGAUCGCCGGCAUCAUCGCCAUGAUCUGCUACCGCAAGAAACGGAAAGGCAAGCUGACCAUCGAGGACCAGGCCACGUUCAUCAAGAAGGGCGUCCCCAUCAUAUUCGCCGACGAACUGGACGACUCCAAGCCGCCUCCCUCCUCCAGCAUGCCGCUGAUCCUCAAGGAGGAGAAGGCCCCCCUACCACCCCCCGAAUACCCAAACCAGAACGUGCCGGAGACCACCCCCCUCAACCAGGACAACUUGGGGGAGUACACACCGCUAAGGGAUGAGGACCCUAAUGCCCCCCCGUACCAGCCUCCCCCACCUUUCACAGCACCCAUGGAGGGCAAAGGCUCGCGCCCCAAGAACAUGACCCCCUACCGGUCACCACCCCCUUACGUACCCCCUUAAUGAACAUGGUCCUCGGAGGAGGGAGAGUCGGGGGCUGGGAGUUCCUGACUGAACUUUGUAGCCUGCAAUCUACUGCCCAGACAACGGAGAGCAUUGCUGUUAUAAG